AUAGAAAAGGGCAAUUCUUGAAUAAGAAUCUCUAAUCUUCUUCCUCUCGUUCCUUUAUCUGAUCCCUGUUGUCGGUUACUCUGAUCCGACAAUAGCUCAUUUGCUCACAUCAAUUUACUUUUUCAGUUCUUUUCACGUUUCAUCUCGGAUUCUUACCUAUUUUUUUAUACGCACGUUUAUUAUUUUUCGAUCUUUAUCACAUGAAUUUUUUUUAUUCUGAUUAAAUCUGAUGAUCAGUUUUAGAGAAUCAACUAAGCUUAUCAUGAUCAAGCUGUGAUCGGUGAUUGAAGAAGCUCUCUGUUUGUUGAUCGCUGUGAGAUUGUGAUUUGGCGGCUUUCAGGUCUUUGCGGACUUAAGAGAAUGGGAUCAUUACAAGGACCUGUUAUUUGCCCUGCUGUUCGUGCCAAACAAGCAGGACUUUACACUGUGCCUGUCAAUGGGCCUUUGAAGAAGACUAACAUUUUUAGAAGUGAGUUUUGGGGGUUCAAGGGAUUCAGUUGUAGCAAGACAAAGGUGGGUGUUUUUAAUCGUCUACUAAAGGCGCAAAACUGCAAAAUUGUGCAGUGUGCUUUCAGUUCUUCCUCAAAUGGUAAUGGAAGCAUGGCUGAGAACUUCAAUGAGAAUGAUGAAGACUAUGUUAACUCGAGUAUUGUUGAAGCUGUUGAGGUGAGAAGUGGAGCAGAUGGUUUCAUGAUCAAAAUGAGGGAUGGUCGACACUUAAGAUGCAUGCAUAACAACCCUCAGGGUGGACAUCUACCAGACUAUGCUCCUCAUCCUGCAAUUGUUUUGAAGAUGGAAGAUGGCACUGGUCUUCUUCUCCCAAUAAUUGUUUUAGAAAUGCCGAGUGUGUUGCUCAUGGCAGCAAUUCGCAAUGUGCAAAUUGCUAGACCAACUCUGUAUUCAGUGAUCAAGGAGAUGAUUGACAAGAUGGGUUACGAAGUAAAACUUGUUAGAGUUACCAAGAGAGUGCAUGAAGCAUAUUUUGCACAGUUAUACCUUACAAAGGUGGGUGAUGACACACAACGUGUCAGCUUUGAUCUUCGACCUUCAGAUGCCAUCAACAUUGCAGUGAGAUGCAAGGUUCCAAUACAAGUCAACAAAUACUUGGCAUAUAGUGAUGGAAUGAGGAUUGUUGAAUCUGGAAAACUGUUGACUCAGUCCCCUGCUUCAGAUGGCUUGUUAUUUACUGAACUGGAUAGGCCUAGUGGUCAGCCUUGUCUUGAUACAAAGGAGUUCAAUCUUGUUUGCAACAUGUUGAUAGCUGCUGUUGAGGAGCGUUAUAGGGAUGCAGCACAAUGGAGAGACAAGCUUGGUCAACUUCGCGCUAAAAGGAACUUGAGGAAAUUUACAUGACAGAUCAUUCUAAAGAAUUUAACUUGUAAAUAGAAACAUUCUUGGAAGCUAAAUGAGGUUGGCCUCACUGCUUAAAUCAAUCAUGUAUCUACAUUCUAUACCUUUCUACCAAGAUAUGUGUAGUACAAUAUGUGAAUAUUUAUGUAUAUAAACUUCCAACCGGUUGUUAUGUUGAAGUACUUGACAUUAGUUA